UAAAAUACAAACUAUACAUACGUAAGAUCAAACUUAGGAGUUUAGGAAAUUGUUAACUUGAUAUUUUCUUUUCUGUUUUUUGAGACACAUUUUUGACACACAGAAAUGCUUGUGGUACAGGAACAUUCAAAGGAAAUCUGCAGCAGUUUGACGAAAUGUCUCUCGCAUACAUAUCUCCUAGUGUCAAUAUUUUUCCAUUUGUUUUACAUCCUGGGCCCGCCCCCUUCCACACACAUGUUCCGGGGCUCCAUCGCCGGAUGCUUCCGCACGCCGCGACAACUUCCUCGGUUCUGUUGCAAACCGAUCCAGUUUCUGCGAUCCUAAUUGGAAACAAACAGACAGACAGUGUGUGGACACGUUGUAAGAAUGACAACCUCCUCGGCGGAUGUCAGGAUGAAAGUUAGCGGCCGUGACGUCGCUCCCAGCCACAACAACACUUUCACUUUCACUUCUCAGGAAAGCUACUUCGUGUAGAAGCACCGAGUCGAGCCGCAGUUCCUUCAUUAAUACCCAUCGAACAGAGGCGGCUGCGUGUUGUCGUGUGUCUGUUGAAGGAAGAAGACCGUGAACAUGUCCGGUGACGACACGUACGACGAGCCCAUGGACACCGAGGCCUCGAACUUAGACUUGAUCGACUUUGAGCAACCUCUAGCACUUCCUGGUCAGCCUGCUCAGGCUCUGGUGACCUUAUCACCUAAUGAAGAAGAAGCUCAAGUCUCCCUCAUUGUCGAGUGGACGGGGGACAUUCAACCACAGAAAUAUAGAAAGGACCUGACAAAAGCUCUUCAAAGUCGUGCCAACAAGAAUGAGUUUUGUGAAGAGUUCACAGUUCUGGAAGCCUCAGAGGAUGCUGCUUUGAUAAAGCUCAAACCUGCUUCAGCCCUGAAAAACCUGAUUGGACAAACACUCAGCUGCAAAGAUGGGAAAACAGUCAAACUAGUGUCUGUGAGACCACCAGAGACACACAGACCACAUGAUGCCUCAACGAACCCCCCUUCAUACAAGUCAAUGCUCCAACAUGACCAAGUGCAACAGGGGGAACAAAGUCGAUUCAGCAGUUCAGUCACAGAUCCUGCUGCUGGACAGGCAUGCAAUGUGCCAAUUGCCCAUUACUGGUAUGUGAGCCACAUCUACAAGGAGGAAAUUGAUCGUAUACAAAAAGAGAAUGGAGUUAAAAUUGUGGCAGAAGUGACAGUAAAACUCGAGCCACACCAGAAAAAUGGAGACCCAACCAAAGCUCUCUCCGAGUUUGUAACCCUCGUCCAGACAUCCUUGGCUGAAUCCAAUGGCUUUGUGGUUCCUCUCAAUUAUUUGGCUCCAGACAAUGUGAGGGACACACUGAAAAUCCUACGGAAAAACGACAACAAGCUUUUGCUGACCCUCUCCUCUGACGAAAUGACGGUAUGUGGGCCAAGCCAAAGUCAAGAUGCCAUCUGCAAGUCCUUACAUACUGUGACGCAAAAAACUCUAACAGAUGCCAAAACUUCUGUUGGGGAGUCUACAUGGGCGUCUCACGACACAUCAGUGGCGAUCGGGAUGAGAAUCAGGGACAUUCUCGUGGAUGCGGGGCUAACCAUGGAGGAGAGCAACUGGAUGAAGAUGAACACCACCUUCAGUGAGCUAGUAACUGAGAUCGAAGCGAAGUUUGAUGUGGAAUUUAAAGCAUCGGGCGUCAGGCGAGGAAAAGUGGAUGUCAAAGCUUGCUCCAAAAGAGAUGGAGGGAGCGCAUCAAUGGUGAGCCAUGCUGUCAGAGCCCUUCUUCGUCUGUACCAGGUGAUGAUGACGUCACCCAUGAGUUUCAUCAAACGCCACGCCGUCGGCGGGUUAAGCAGCUCACCGAAGAACAAAGAUUUUCAGUCGGAGGGGGCUUCCGGUGGUCCUGUGUUGAACGGCAAGUCCAACACCGAGAAACACACAGGAGCGGCAGCAGCAGCGGCAGGAGACAAAGAAGACAUAAACUGCCCUAUAUGCAUGGAUACAGUUGUCAAUAAGAAACAGCUUAAGUGUAAACAUGAAUUUUGUGAGGAAUGCCUGCAAAAAUCAAAGAAGAGCAUUGGUCCCACCUGCCCUGUGUGCAAAGAUGUCUUUGGUGUGAUGGAAGGAGACCAGCCACAUGGAAAAAUGUCAUGGAGGACAAGUCCCUUACACCUCCAGGGAUUCAACAAACACUGUGGCAGUAUUGUAAUUGAAUAUAAUAUUCCAAGUGGGAUGCAGACGGAACAACAUCCCAAACCUGGACAAUGGUACUCUGGUAUUAACAGAACAGCAUAUCUGCCAGACAACAAAGAGGGCAGAGAAGUGCUGCAACUGUUGAAAAAAGCGUUUGACCAGAAGCUCAUUUUCACAGUUGGGACGUCCAGAACGACUGGGAUGGAGAACCAGGUGACCUGGAAUGACAUUCACCACAAAACCUCCUCUUCAGGAGGACCUGAGAAUUUCGGCUACCCUGACCAUGGUUACCUGAGCAGAGUGCGAGAGGAGCUGAAGGCGAAAGGCGUCCAGUGAACUUUCAUGCGGACUGGCUUAGGAGAGCGAUUCUUAACUUUACAUGCAUGAAGGUACUAAAAUGAUUAUUUGAAACCAAUUAAAAGCAAAAAGUAGAAUGCACAUUAAUAUAUUAUCUGCUGUUUCUUCCUUUGUAGUUUUUCAUAUUAUCAUUUAGGGUUGAUUUGAGUUUAAGCGUUCCUUAGUAAGGUCAUAUCUUCACCUGCUUAAUAUAAUUUUUCCUUGAAGGAUGUCUUUAGGUUUUCAUCUGAUUUAAAGUGUGAGAAUGAGUUUUUAUAAUAAUACAUGGGACAACGGAAUCCCAACCUGCUCCCACUGCUGCAGCGGACUGGUUUCAGCCAAUUCUAAUCGCUUUGCAACUGUAUAUGGCACAAGGCAAUUUUGAUGAUCGAGAUAUAAACAAUAUGUCAUGGAUGUAAUAUUCCUCAGACCUCUAUGGAUUCCCACACUGUGGCACUAUAGUCACCAACUGAUAUUCAAAGGGAAAUACAGAAAGUAAAUGCUUUAUUUGAAGAUAUCGAGUGUUAAUUUGGUUAUAAUCAUGUUUGUUAUGUUGUUAAUUGUGUUCACCUUUCAUUAUCCUUUCAUGCUUAGUGCAGUAAACAGACCUCUGUUUGUAUAAGUUGGGCUUUGGGUUAUUAAUUUUUGUAUUUUUAUAUGUUCUGAUCAAACAUGCCAUUAAAUAUAAUAAAAGGCAUGAUACAUUAAAUCGUCAACAGCACACACAAUCUGAUUUACCACUGGACGCAGUGUCAAGUUAAAGAAGAAAUACAACAGUUGGUCAACAAAACACACUGGCUUGUUUUCUGUACAAUUUUUUAAAAUUUUAUUUUAUAACAAUAUCUGUUAUUUAGUUUGUAAAGUACUCCAGCAAAAAAUUAAACAUUAUUCUCUUUCCAGAAGAAA